UUAGUGAUAAGAAAUUACUUUAGACCACUUUCAUUCUACUUUUCACAAAAUUAAUUUAAACGAAUCUUGACACCGAAAAUGAAUAUUCGUACCUUUCUGUUUGGGUGUUGGGAAUCGAACCAAUAAUAGAGCGUGGUAGAGUGUGGCGUGGUGCUUUUCUACGGCUGCCAGCUUGCCACCUGUCGCCAUCCCCUUGUAACUAAACAACGCCGCCGGCGGGAACAGUCCGUCGCGCUCCCAACUUUAAAAUGGCCGUCCCCUGUUCUUCGCUAUUUUAGGGUUUAUCGCGGGAAGUUUUAGCGCAGGGAUUUCGUCACGAGCGCGCGCCUGAGAAGUAGCGCCUGGCAUUGUGAUCGCUGCAUUCUUGUGGGGAUCCUUGGCCGAAAUUUCUGGUUCUUGCUCCAAUCUUGCCUCGCUCCAAGAAAGGCCUCUUCUUUGUUCUCUUCUUCUUUCGAGCGCGAGCUAUGGCGUCUCCAGCGGAUGCCAAGCGCACAGGCAAGGUCAAGUGGUUCAAUGUCACCAAGGGAUUCGGCUUCAUCACGCCCGACGAUGGAAGCGAGGAGCUCUUCGUCCACCAAUCGGCGAUCUUCGCCGAGGGCUUCCGGUCGCUGCGCGAGGGUGAGAUCGUGGAGUUCAGCGUAGAGCAAGGCGAGGAUCAGCGCAUGCGAGCGGCGGAUGUCACGGGCCCUGACGGCAGCCACGUCCAGGGAGCUCCAUCCAGCUUUGGAUCUCGCGGAGGAGGAGGAGGAGGGCGCGGCGGUGUUGGCGGCGGCGGACCUCCACGCGGCGGUCCUCGUGGCGGAGGCCGCGCUGGUGGCUAUGGUGGUGGCGGCGGCGGCUAUGGCGGCGGAGGCGGAGGAGGAUACUCGAGAGGUCGUGGCCGCGCUGGUGGAGGAGAUAAUCCCAUCGUCUGCUACAAUUGCAAUGAAGCUGGGCACGUCUCGCGGGAUUGCAAGUACCAGCAGGAAGGGGGCGGCGGCGGCGGCGCUAGAUCUCUCUCCCGGGAGAGAAGACGCAAGCUUCCCUUCUGGGAUUGA